AUGGAUAAGUCUUGGAUUACAAAACCGCGAAAUUCAAUUGAGUAUGGUGAAGGAGUUAGGAGAUUUAUUGAUUUUGCUUUUCAACAUAGUGCAAUCGAAGGCAAAAUCUUAUGCCCUUGCUCGCCUUGCGGUUUUAUAAAGUGGUUUUCAAAAGAAACAGUGUAUGAUCAUUUGUUGUGCAAGAAAUUCCCUGAAGGCUACACAUUUUGGUUCUAUCAUGGAGAGUCAAAUGAGGGGUCAACUAGUAAUGUUGCUGGCCGAGCUGAGUCACAGGGUGCAGGAGACCAGAAUGUUGAUGUAGAUCCAAUGUUGGACAUGAUCAAUGAUGCAUUUGGCAUAAAUAGGCAACAUGACAGUGACAUACUAUUUGGGUCGGAUGAAAACAUUGCCCAAGGGGGGGGAACAAAUUAUGAAGAAGUAAAUCGUGACAAGGAAUUUUUUGAAUUGGCAAAAGAAGGGGAACAACCAUUAUAUGAAGGGUGUCAUAAAUAUUCGAAGCUUUCCUUUAUUGUGAAGUUGUAUCAUAUUAAGUGCUUAUGUAAGAUGACUGACAAGUCCAUGACUAUGAUAUUAGAGCUUUUGCAUGAUGCAUUUGAACAUGCCAAGAUUCCAUCUUCAUUCUAUGAGGCAAAGAAGACUAUCACCAAGUUAGGAUUGAACUACCAGAAGAUAGAUGCUUGUCCAAAAAAUUGUAUGUUGUUUUGGGGAGCAGAAGAUGAAGAUAAACAAAUUUGCAAGGUUUGUAAAACAUCUAGAUGGAAACCACCUGUUAAAGAAGGGGAACAUACAUGUUCUCAACAAGGAAGAAAGAAGCGUAAUGUGGCUGCAAAAGUUGUUCGAUACUUUCCCCUUAAACCACGCUUGCAAAGAUUAUUUUUAUCAACGAAGACUGUCGAAGAUAUGAGAUGGCAUGCGAUGCAUGGUAACAAUGAUGGCUUAAUGAGACAUCCUAGAGACUCUGAAGCAUGGAAAAAGUUUGAUGAGUUGCACACAUCAUUUGCUUCAGACCCACGAAAUGUGCGACUCGGUUUAGCUACCGAUGGUUUUAAUCCCUUUGGUAAUAUGAGUGCUAGUUAUAGUAUUUGGCCAAUCAUUCUGAUUCCGUACAACACCCCUCCAUGGUUGUGUAUGAAGUCGACGGCUUUUAUUAUUUCAACUAUAAUACCUGGUAAAAGAAUGCCAGGUAAUGACAUUGACGUGUUCUUACAACCUUUGAUCAAAGAGUUGAAAGAAUUAUGGCAGGAUGGUGUAGAUACGUAUGACGCUUUCACACGGGAGAUGUUCAAAUUACAUGCAGCAUUGAUGUGGACGAUUAGUGAUUUUCCUGGCUUAGGAAAUCUAUCUGGUUGGAACACAUACACUGGUAAAGCAUGCUCGUCAUGCAACCUGGAUUCUGAACCUUGUCGUCUUUAUCAUAGUAAAAAAUGGUGUUUUAUGGGUCAUCGACGCUUUCUUGACCAAAAACAUAGAUUUAGAUUGAACAAGGUUCGGUUUAAUGGAAAGCAAGAUGUGCGUAAUCCUCCAAGGUUGUUGUCUGGUUGUGAAAUACUUGAACAAGUUGCAAAUAUUAAUGUGACAUUCGGUCGAGCACCCGAAGUUAGUGGAAGAAGAAAAAGAAGACGCGCUAGUGACCGUGAUGCACAUGGCAGCACCCAACAAUGGAAAAAGAAAAGUAUAUUUUUUGAACUUCCAUAUUGGAGGCAUAAUUUAUUGCGUCACAAUCUUGACAUGAUGCACAUUGAGAAAAAUAUGUGUGAUAAUAUCAUUUACACAUUGCUUAAUGAUGCCUCUAAGUCAAAAGAUCAUUUGAAUGCAAGAAAAGAUCUUGUAAGAAUGGGUUGUAAGCAUGACCUUGAGGAUGGAAAAUAUCCUUUAGCAAUCUAUGCAAUGACUAAUCAAGGCAAGAAGAUGUUCCUAACAACAUUGAGGAAUAUCAGUGUACCAGAUGGUUAUGCAAGCAACAUUUCUAGGUGCAUUGAUGUGGAUUCUAUGCGGUUGAAUGGAAUGAUGAAAAGUCAUGAUUGUCAUAUAUUGAUUGAGCAAUUACUGCCAUUGGCCACACGAGUAGCAUUGCCUGAUAAUGUUUCAAGCAUUUUAAUUGAGUUGUGUUCAUUCUUCAAACAAAUGUGCGACAAUGUGUUGAAUGUUGAAAAAUUGGAUUUAUUGCAACGUCAAGUGGUGGUCACCCUAUGCCAUAUGGAAAUGUUAUUUCCUCCAUCGUUCUUCACAGUCAUGGUUCAUUUGAUUGUUCAUCUUGUUAAGGAAGCUAAGCUUGGAGGUCCUGUGCACUAUCGAUGGAUGUAUCCUAUUGAGAGAUACUUAGGACAAUUGAAAUCAUAUGUGCGCAACAGAGCUCGACCAGAAGGGUCUAUAGCACAAGGUUACCUAAUGCAAGAAAUUCUAACAUUUUGUUCAAGGUACAUAGAUAAUAUUGAGACUCGAUGGAAUCGACCUGGGCGGGUCGAUGAUGUACCUAAUGAUGCGCAAGAUAAAUCACGCAUGGAUGAAAUCUUUCCCCGAGUAGGAAAGCCAAUCGGUGCAUCAUCAUAUUUCAAUCUUACAUCAAUGCAGAGGUUGCAGGCUCAUAGGCAUGUGUUGACGAAUUGUCCACUUGUUGAACCAUACGUCCAGGAGUUUCGGAGGGACGUGAAGAGGCAACUAAGAAGGACUAAUCGAAGUCAAGCUGAGAUAGAUAAACGGGUUCAUAGAGAGUUUGUUGAUUGGUUAUCUAAACGUGUUCCUUUAGAUAUUGAAAAUAUUAGAGAAGCAGACAAAGAUAUUAUGUUAACCCUUGCCCAAGGUCCUAUGUAUGAAGCAAGAAGGUUCAAUGCAUAUAAUGUGAACGGGUUCAAAUUUCGAACAUUGGAUCGAGAUAACAACCUGAAAACACAAAAUAAUGGGGUUUUUGGAAAGUUUGACACAAGAAGUUAUUCAAGCAGAAGAGAUGACCAAAUGAUAUGUGGAGGAGUCCCUUACUAUGGGAAAUUGGUUGACAUUAUUGAGAUUAACUACAAUGGCUUGUUCAUUGUGCCCUUGUUUAAAUGUCAAUGGGUUGAUACAACUACUCAUAGAGGGCAUAAAAAAGAUAAAUUGGGUUUUACCCAAAUUAACUUUUCAAAAUUGAUACAUACUGGUGAGAAAGAAGAUGAUGAGCCGUAUGUUAAAGCUUCUGAAAGUCAGAUGGUUUUUUAUGUUGAUGAUGAGAAAGAAAAGGGUUGGUGCAUACCUGUCCAUGUAAAGCCUCGAGACUUGUAUGAUAUGGGCGAAGAUAUCAUGACAACCACUGACCUAUUCCCAUCACAGAACUUAGACCAAAUUUUAGUUGAUGAUAGAUUAGGUCUAACAUUAUCAAGACCUGCCACAGAUGAUGACACUCAAAAUUUGAUAGAUAUUCACAAUGAGGAUGAAGAUUUAGACAUAUGA